AAUUUAUUCACUUAUUAGUAUUAACCUAACGAGGAAAGUAUUUUGUAUUAAAAGACGCAAUGGCAUUGACAAGGACAUCGAUGAUUAUUGCAAUUGUUGCAAUCUGCGGUACUUCAACAUUGGGCCAACUAUCAGGAUCGAUUACACCCGAUAUGGCAGGAGGCAAUAAUGUUAACAUCAUGGCAUCGAAAUUCUUGGGAAACCCCAAUCACAACAUUGGUGGAGGAGUUUUCGCCGCAGGCAACACACGAUCCAAUACCCCAUCCUUGGGAGCUUUUGGAACCUUGAACCUAAAAGACCAUAGUCUGGGGGUGUCGAAAACCAUCACUCCAGGGGUAAGUGAUACAUUCAGUCAAAAUGCACGACUAAAUAUCCUGAAGACUCCUGAUCAUCGAGUGGACGCGAACGUUUUCAAUAGUCAUACAAGGCUGAAUAAUGGAUUCGCAUUCGAUAAACGAGGCGGUAGUUUGGAUUAUACCCACAGGGCAGGACAUGGUCUUUCUUUGGGAGCCAGUCAUAUCCCUAAAUUUGGAACGACUGCUGAAUUAACGGGCAAAGCUAACCUCUGGAGAUCACCCAGUGGUCUAUCAACUUUUGAUUUAACUGGAAGUGCAUCGAGAACGUUUGGUGGACCAAUGGCUGGUAGAAAUAAUUUUGGUGCAGGUUUAGGAUUUAGCCAUAGGUUUUAGUGAAAAUCUAUAGAAUAAUUCGUUAUUGUUAAAUUAUUUUUAAUACAACAAAAGUCUGGAGAAUAUAUUGCAUAAAAGAUCAA